GGAUGCUUCACGAACAGGGGCUCGCUGACUGCUGCUGACAAUGGCGCUCCAACAACAUGAGCCGGUCAUAGUGGCGCCUCAGUCGUCGUACGCCCACCUGAACCCGUGGAGUGGCUUUCUGCUUGGCCAACUCUCCGUCGUCCUAUUAAUUGGCGCCUUCAUCAAAUUCUUCAUCUUCGGCGAGGCUCCACCACCCCCCGUCGCGCGGCCUGUCCAACCGCACAACCCACCGCCGGAUGGUCAGAAAUCGCUCCGAGAAAAGCCGUCAACAUCCAAUGUGCUUCGCCCUGUGCCAGCCUCCUCUACAAAUACACGCUCGAUCCUCCGCAAAACAUACUACAGCUCCAUUCCUACAAACCCUUCCUCCAAACAUGGCCGCCACCGCAUGCAUCACUCCUCCCACCAGCCUGAAUCGCUGGAUUGGUUCAAUGUGCUGAUUGCACAAACGAUUGCGCAAUACCGACAGACGGCAUAUGUGCUCAAGGAUUCGCCAACAUCUUCAAUUUUGAGCUCCCUUACCGCGGCGAUGAACAACCCCGAGAAGAAGCCGUCCUUUAUUGAGAAGAUUAAUGUUACGGAUAUCUCGCUCGGCGAGGAGUUCCCAAUCUUCAGCAACUGCCGAAUCAUUACAGUAGAUGAGCCUAAUUCGGAUGGUGGAAGGUUACAGGCAUUGUUGGACGUGGAUUUGAGCGAUGACAAUCUUUCCAUCGCUGUCGAGACUCAAUUAGUCCUGAACUACCCCAAACCGCGCUCCGCCAUUCUUCCCGUCGCGUUGUCCGUUUCCGUUGUGCGGUUCUCGGGAACAUUAUGUAUCUCGCUGAUCCCCGCAUCAACGGAACCUCCUCUAGACACGCCUGCCACAUCGCCCACGCCACCUGCAGAUGCAGCCGCAAGGCCCAACAGCGCCCCCGGGGCUUCGGAUCCCGGCACUGCGCAUGACCAGAACCCACCUAAAAGCAGUCCGAAGAGCAAUGUGGCCUUCUCUUUUCUCCCUGAUUACCGACUCGACCUUUCCGUGCGAUCACUUAUUGGGUCUCGCAGCAGACUGCAGGACGUGCCCAAGGUGGCUCAACUCGUCGAGGCCCGAGUACAUGCCUGGUUUGAGGAGCGUGUUGUUGAACCCCGCGUGCAGGUUGUCGGACUCCCUGACCUGUGGCCGCGCAUGGGCCGGACCGGUGUGCGGACUGGGGAAGACUCGGACGCAGGGUCCACUGCGCCACCAAGAAGUGCUGGCUCAACAGAAGCUGGAGGGCCAAUCCGUUUCUCCGACGACCACACUCGCGACCAAGAGGGUCUGCGCUUUCGUGGGGGGUUGGAUCCGCGGUUAGGACUUGGCGCGGGCUCUCGAAGCAGCAGUUUCAACGUAGACAUGGGUGGCUUGCGGAGUUCGAGUAUGACUCGGCAAGAAAGCGCCGGCGCUGCCAGCGACCAGCUUGAGAUGCCGGGUGGCCUGCCUGGCGGAGUGGCCGCACGAGACUGA